UGAAAAAUACUAAGAUGACAUCUGAAAAUGAGAAGAAAAACACUGAUAUUCUUGUACAGGAAUUCGAAGAAUGGCAAAAAGAUGAAGAUUCGGAUAUAGUGUUUCUUUUAGAGGCUACAGUUAAGGACAGCGGAGGUGCAACCCUGAGUUUGUUGUUAGCAUGUGAACAUGAAUUCAAACUUCUUGUCCCUGCAGGGUAUCCUGACUAUGAAGAUAAUUUCUUCGUGGAAUCUGAUCCUGUUAUCAAGGAAUGGAGCUCAGCUUUUAAUGAGUUCCUCCUGGACACACGUCAGAAGCUAAGUUUACGGGAUGUUUUAACCAAAGCUGCGAGUCUACAUCGGGAGGAGAAGGGGCGUGGCAGCAGUAGUCCUGUCACAUCAGAGGAGGAAUUCAGUGAUGAUGCCAAAAUGGAAGAAGAAGAUGAAGAGGAGAUGAUUUUGGCAGAUGAUGAUGCUUUUACAACAGAAUGGGAUCUACACUUGGCUCGAAAAAAGAAACGAUGGGCACAAAAGGAAGCACAGAUCAGAGAGGAGAUGAAGAAAGCCCGAACUUCCCAAGCUGGUGCAGCAGUGGGUCCAAGUGUUGACAACAAGCCUUCCAAACAGAUUUUUACUAGUAAUGCUGCUGCAGGAAUCCUUACCAAUGACCUAGUCAAGAUCAUGGAAGGAGAACAGGAAGUUGGCUUCACUGCUGAACCUAUUGAGGACAAUAUAUAUAACUGGAGAGUAAAGAUUUUUAACUUUGCUGAAAGUGAUCUUGCCAAGGACCUGAGAGAAAUCAAGGAGAAAUUUGGGUACAAUUACAUUGAACUGGAGAUGACCUUCGAGAUUGACCUUUACCCGUUUUACCCUCCACUCGUCAAGGUCAUGAGACCUAGAUUACAGGGUUCCAUGAUGCAAAGAGUGACAAACAUGGAGCUUCUGAAACUGUCCUACUGGUGUCCAACAAAAGACAUGAAGACCGUUAUACAGGAGAUCAAGACUUUCCUGCAACAGUGGGCUCGACUGGAGGUGGACAGCGAGAGGAACGAUCUGAAGCGGUACCCCCAUGGAGCUUACCUGGAGAUGGAACACCACCUUCUUACCUUGGCAUUGGUCAGUGAAGUUGUGCCACGUGUGAACCAGAGGUACCAGCUAAACGUUGAUGGAAUGAAGUCUGCCCCAGCCUCAAUGAAUGAGAAGAAAUUGGCUAAGAAUGAUCUUGAGUACUGGGCUAAGGGCAUUGGUUACGGACACCAAUUCCGACCAGAAUGGGACAUCAAUGCAUAUAUAGCGGCCCAGAAAGAAAAAGAUAACAAAAUAGAGGAUGCAUUGCACAAGAUUCUGGUGGAGUUCAAAGUUCUGUAUGCAAACCAUGCCCCUCAGCUAAAGCCAAGGCCUCCUGGUCAACCGGACCCAAAUGUAGCAACCCCAGACACUGGCCAGUCUAUAGACCCUGUCCAGGAUAUGUACUCGGUAGUGGAGGGGUCAGCAGUGAUCCCGUUCAUGGAGCAAUACUUGAGAGCCGAUUCUUUUCUAGAGAUUUGCAGACAUUCAGAAGUAUAUAAAUUCAUCGUAGAUAUCAUUAAAGAAAUUGCUCGACAACGACAGUUGCUUCCCCUGUUGUGUUCCUUAUCAAACCAAACUUUGUCUAUAUACCAGCUGCUGGAGCAGUUAGAGAAAAAGGCUUCCCUGAUCCUGAAGCACAUGUGUAAGGCUGGAAACGGUAGCGUUCCUCGUCCUCAGACAAGUACGGCUCCUGAAGGAGAUACCAACGCCACCCCCUUCAAUAUAUUGCCCAACUGUUUUAGUCGUUGUCGAGGGUCAAGCUCUUCUUGUUCGGCACUUGGCACAGACGCAGAACUUGCAGAGGAAAAACUUGCCAGAGAAUUUGUGAUACUUUUCAACAAUGUAAAUGAUGUGAUGGCUAUGCAGGGCCUAUCUCCCAGUGGUGAGCAGUGUAGUCCGACGGCGUCAGCGCGGGAGAUGUCCAUAUCAAACGAUGGUGGCACAUCAGUAAUGGAUGUCAGCGUCCAUGUAGAUAAGCUUGAUGCAACAGAACUCCAGUACAAACAAGUGUUACGAAAUAUGCAGUUUUAUAGUACAGAUUUUUCAUUGGAAGGAAAUUGGGCACACCAUUUUGCAAGCCAGUUUAAAUCAGCUCAGAGUUCUCGACAAAACCAGAUUUUCCGAAUUGCCCAAGAACUUUCCUCCUUAUCCUCAUCACUGCCUUUGGAUUGGUCAUCCGCCAUCUUUGUGCGAAGUGACGAUGACAAGUUGACGUUAAUGAAAGCACUUAUUACUGGCCCUGAAGGAACACCAUACUCAGGAGGUUGUUAUGUAUUUGAUAUUUACUUUCCACCGGCCUACCCCAAGUCUCCACCUCUGGUGAACCUUCAGACCACUGGUUCAGGAAAAGUUCGCUUCAAUCCCAAUCUUUAUGCAUGUGGAAAGGUGUGUUUAUCAUUACUGGGAACAUGGGAAGGACAGAAAGGAGAGCAGUGGAAUGAGAAAACCUCGACAGUGCUACAGGUCCUUGUGUCCAUCCAGUCCCUUAUCUUGGUUCAAGAUCCUUACUUCAAUGAGCCUGGGUUUGAGUUAGAGAUCGGAACGGAGGGAGGUAAAAAGCACAGCGACGAAUAUAAUGCAGAUUGUUGUUACAACAACAUAAAAUAUGCCAUGAUUGGCCAGCUACAGAACCCACCACCAGAGUUUGCAGACGUCAUCAAAACACAUUUUUACCACAAAAAGAAAAAGAUUUUAGAGGAGGUGGAGGGCUGGACGAAUAAGUACUCAAACCGCCGGCUCGGAGGCCUCUUGCCAAGUCUGAAACAAGAACUGAAGAAACUACACCCACCCCCUAUCCUGAAUGGACCCUCCGGUUGGAUUGAAUCUGUGCACCGUUCCCAGUCCCAGACUUGGUUUGCCUUCCAGGUCAACACUUGGGGGAAUUCCAAUCCAGCUAGAACCAAUACAUACCUGCCUCAGUGCCUACACUGCUCUACAGGGUAUGGAAUUGGUCCCAUUUCCGAUAGUGUAGCGGAACUGAACCAGGUCAAUCAUCGGCAUCCAGAAAUAAACUAUAGGAUUGACUUGGGACUGGUGGCGGGAAAGAAUUCUCAGCUGAGAAUAGGAAGUGGCGAAGAGGUGAAAAUGACCAAGAAAUAUUUCUCAGCUGCCAGCAAUGAAAAACAGUUUUCGUGGAAAGGAGAGGGAGAGGUGACUGAUAGACGGAGAUGCACCGAAAAACAUUUUAAGAAAUUUUCACUGGGCAAGAUUCAAUACAGUUUAGGCGAUUUUGUAUUCAUUGAUGCUGACAAUGAAGAAGGAAUUGAAGGUGCCUAUAUUGCUGAGAUCAAGGACUUGGUUCAAGAAGAACGUGGACGUGAGAAAUCAGAGCCAAAAGCAAUAGUGAAAUGGUACUGGCGCCAAUUUGAGCUGAAGAAAGCGCUAAAACGUCUGGAAAGAAAGGAUGGACCAACAGACCCCAAAGAAGUAUUUCUCAACAACGGCAGAAACCUUGACGACACUAUACAUAUAGACACUAUCAUUGGAAAAUGUUCGAUUGAAACCUGCCCGCCUGGAGAAAUACCAAAAGGAGAGUCUUCAGACAAGUUCUAUGUCACAAGAUCCUACAAUGGAAGUAAAUUUGGUGUGUUAUCAAAUCUUAACUCAAAGAUUGGAAGAAAAGUCAUGAAAGAAAAUGAAUAUGCGAAUCGUUCAUCACGGAGAUCAUUAGGCUGUGGACUAGUUACUGGCAAACCUUUUGAAAAUUCUACCAAUAAAAUCCGGCCAACAAGGCAUUCUACUGGUGGUGACAUUUUGCAGGGUAACGGAAGUGUUUAUGACAUGCAUACAAGUCAACAGCAAAGAAGAAGUGUAAAACCGGUCCGAAGGCUCAACAAGGAAGGAGAUGUGAAAACAAUGAGUCCGAAUUCUCUGUCAUUAGACAAAGUCAAAGGAGGCAGUGCUAAGUAUCCGUGGUACAAAGGUGAGGACGUAGUUAAUUUCUUCAGCGAUCUCAAGGAUGACGACAGUGAUGUUUUAUCCAUCAUAUCUAUGUCGUCUGACAGUGGAAUCUCCAAUACAUCGGGGCCAACCACACGUCCGAAACGCACCAAAACACCUAUGGAUUGUGUGUCCAUGGAUAGAAAUUCAACGUCAAGGACAGCUACUCCAACAAAGGUCAAGGGCGCAAGGUCGGAAACACCCACCAAGGUUAGCGACACAGGGUCAAGGACAGGAACUCCAUUGAAGGUUAAACCUGUGAAGUUUGGCACGCUAAACAAGGUUGCUGCAACCAAAGCAAAUGUAGACACUUGCAACAGUGGGAGAGAAGUUACAACUCCAAAACGGAAAGGUAAAUCUGGAGAACAUGAUGGAGCUAAACGUUGUAGAACAGAGCCCCGUAGGACGAGUGUUAGACAGGAGGACACUUCAAGGUCGGCAAGCAAGGUCGAGAGGAGGAAAGUAGUUCCAAGUGUGAUAGUAAAACGUGUGGGCAGUAACUACGAGUCAUUCAGGAACCAGACACCCGAUAGCAUAGAGAGACCAGCCCGUCGAGGGCUCGGCUCUAUGUUUGACCGAGAGAGUCGAAACACACCAAUCUCUGGAGGAAGGACGCUGCGGAGACGUUCAAUGAAGGUGGAUUAUACAGACGCUGACUGCACGCCAGUGAAGUACGAAAGUGAAGAGGAGAAUCAUGACAAUGAGGAUGUUUUCACCGAUGAAAACUUAAGUGACACAGAAAUUGAUUUUAUCAUUUCAGCACGCAAGAAAAAAAACAAUCGGCUAUCCUCUCGCAAACAGUCAACAAAAAAUGCAAAGUCCAGGAGAUCAGUAGCAGAUGUUGCCACGCCGACCAUCCCCGGCAGGUGUAAACCUUUAUCUUCACCCACCAGUAUACUGGAGGAGGCACGGGCAAGGUUACAUGUAUCGGCAGUACCCGAUUCCUUACCAUGCCGUGAUAAGGAAUUUGAUGAUAUCUACAGUUUUGUGGAAAGUAAAAUUCUAGAUGGAACUGGAGGGUGUAUGUACAUCUCCGGGGUACCAGGAACAGGGAAGACAGCAACCGUUCGCGAGGUGACUCGAGCCCUACAGCAGGCUUGUGACGAUGGGGAACUACCUUACUUUAAAUACAUUGAGAUAAACGGCAUGAAGCUCACGGAACCCCGACAGGCCUAUGUACAAAUCCUCAAGCAAUUAACGAAACAGAAGGCCACCCCUGACCAUGCGGCCGACCUCCUCAACAAACAGUUCACCACACGGGGACCAAGAAAAGAAACUAUCCUACUCCUAGCAGACGAGCUUGACCUGUUGUGGACACGGAAACAAGAUGUGAUGUAUAAUAUAUUUGACUGGCCGUCACACCCUCAUGCUCGACUCGUAGUCCUGGCUGUAGCCAACACUAUGGACCUCCCCGAGAGAAUAAUGAUGAAGCGUGUAUCUUCACGCCUGGGUCUCACCAGGAUGACGUUCCAGCCCUACACAUUCCGACAGCUGCAGGAAAUAGUUGUAUCCAGGAUGAGGAGUCUAAAAGCAUUUGAUGAUGAUGCCAUACAGUUAGCAGCCAGAAAAGUGGCAGCUGUCUCGGGAGAUGCUAGGAGAGCGUUGGAUAUUUGUCGCCGGGCAACGGAGAUCACAGAAGCUAUGUCGCCCUCCAAAAAGGCAAACAUACUCGUCAGUACUUGUCAUGUGGACACAGCUCUGCAGGAAAUGUUCUCAUCACCAAAAAUAGUCGCUAUCAGGAGCUGUUCUAUACAGGAGAAAGUCUUCCUCAGAGCUAUUGUGGCUGAGUUUCAUCGCACAGGGUUAGAAGAGGCAGAGUUUGCCAAACUCUACUCACAACACAUCUCCCUUUGUAGAUUCGAUGAUUUACAGCCACCAUCCACCUCUGAACUUGCUGGGAUGUGCUCCCGACUUGGAAGUAUACGACUGCUUCUCGUGGAACAUGGACGCAAUGACCUAUUUAUGCGAGUGAGGCUAAAUGUUAGCCAGGACGAUAUAUUGUACGCAUUGAAGGAAAAAAGUGGAGUAUGAGAAUCUCGGAAUACAGUUGGACAUCGAAAUUAAUUCUACAUUGACACUACGUCAACAGCUGGAAGAGAAAA